UGAAGAAGAAGACUCAAACCAGUCUGAGAUAGAGUCUGAAAUGAAUGAAAGUGGAACAGGUUUUAACGUUAAUAAUGAGACUUUUGUAACAAAAAAUAUUUCGGCUUUACUUAAGCGACUAGAAACCUUGGAAAGACAUCAAAUUGCUCAUAACAAAGAGGCUAAGAACCAGAAAGCAGAUGCCAAUUCAGAUAGUACGGAUAAUGACUCAUCCAAAAAAAAGAAAAAAAAAAGGGCCAAAAGAAAAAAAAAUUAUAAAAAGGACGAUACUUCUAGUUCAGAGACGGAAGAUACUGAUGAUGAGGCUACUAAUCAAGUUCAUGACUUGGAAGUUGAAACUCCAAUUUCAACAAAUAUGAAUGAUACUAUUGUGGCAUCGGCAUCUUCUUCACGACUUCCAUUAACUACUCUCCAAAAUCAAAAUAGGGAUUCCAAUAAUACCGAUGAGUUACCGGGCAAACCUAAAAAACCUCAAAAUUCUAGCCGCACGCUACGUAGUCAUACUUCCAGCCUGUAA